GCGAAGGCUCCGUCAUGUCGCCGUCGCUGUACAGUCUCAACCCUCGUUUUUAUCGUUGAGCGCAGUGCGAGAUUAGAGACUCGACGAAUCCGCUAAUCUCCGUCUUCGCGUCGUUUAUACUCGCGCGUAUACGAGGAGUGUGUCCUGCAGACGGACUCCGGCAGUGGGACAGAUGGCGCUGUAGAGUCGGCCUCUCCUCGUCUCCGAGGACGAAAAAAGAGUCCAGCAGGAAGCGACCCUGCGGCCGUAUACCCAGUGCACUAGGGUGUACCCCACGAGCCCCAGCACCGUCGCAUCUACGAGGGCAAGUGUAGCUAAGCAGCCGUUCUCUCAACAGCAACAGCGACAACAGCAGCGUCGAAAGCUGCGCGAGCAGGCAAAGAGGGGGCGCGACAACGAGGCGCUGAGAGACGGCGCGGAGAGAGAGAAAGAGCGGAUCGGGCCGCAGUCGCGGCAGUGCAGUCGUGGAGCGCGCGCGCGCGGAAUAUCCCCUGCACGCGCUGCUUCCUCGAAUAACGUAUAUCUAUAUACAUAGAGUGGCGUGCGCGGACGAGUCGAAGGGAUACACUCACACGCACACAUACACACACAGACACAGACACAGACACGCGUAUAGGUGCGCAGUAUACAGAGAGAGAGAGAGAGAGAGAGAGGCAGCUAUAGCGCUCCAUUUUGUGUGCGAGCAGUUCGGAGCGAGAGCGCGCGCGCGCAAUCGCGGCGGCCUCCAUUGCGCCCGAGAGACGAGACGAUGAGCUGAGCGAGUAUCCGGGCCCUCUGCGCCCGCGCCCCAGGUUAUAUUCUCUCUCCCUCGGCAGUGUCCAUGUCUCGAGUAUUAGCGCCGCAGCAGCUGUCCGGUGGAAAACAAGUGAAGUGCGCGCGUUCUUGUACAUAGCAUCGGAAGAGAGAGAUAUAUAUACAGCUAGAGCCGUUCAUGAAUAGUAGGUCGACGAGGGUGGUGCCGUGGAAGAGGGAGAAAGCGAGCGAGCGAGUUGACACGGCGAUGCUGCUGCCGACGCCUCCACUUCCCUCUGGUGCUGUAUUUCAAUAGUAUGGUAUAUAGUUGCCCGAUUCUUUCUCGCGUGUGCGAUGCGUCAUGCGAUGAGGGACUCUCGCUGCUCCGCUGCUGCUGAGAUGCUGCUCUGAUCCGCAGCCAGCUCCAUCAGCGUACACAUGUAUGUUGUUCAAGUGCCGUCGACGUGAUUGUUAUUAUAUUAUUAUUAGGCGGUCAGUGCGCGUCAUUGUUGUGGAACCGACGAGGAUCAGUGUGUUGUCGUAGAUUCUUGUUUUGAGUGUGCUCUGUUGUGCCGUAAUAACGGAGAAGAAGAGGACCACCACCGCCACCACGACGACGACGACGACGACGACGACGACUCGCCCCUGCACUGAGAGCUCACUGGCACGGACUUGGAAUGCAGAGGCAACGGACGUCGGGCAUCGAGCAGCAGCAGCAGCAUCACCACCACCACCACCACCAUCACCAAAAGCAGCAGCAACAGCAGCAACAUACUGUGGACGGGAAAAGCGGAGGCGGUUGCAGGGACGAGAGCAGCAGCGGCGCCCCGGAGCGGUGAGCUGCAGCUACGCGACGGGGCGAGCAGCAGCUGCAGCAGCAGCCGCGAAUAGUAGCUAGCCUCGCCUCUGCCAGCGUCGACGAACAACAGAACAGAUGUCCUGACAGUGGGCCCCGGGCCACCAGGAUGCCGACAGACGACGACUAUGGCCGAAGAGAACGUCUCCUGUUGCACCAGCACCCGAACGGCCAGUACGGUCAAUCGGCCCUACCAGCAUCUCCGCUUCACGGAGUAUCGGCGGCCAGCGGCAGCAGCAGUAGCGCCUCCGCGGCUAACGGCGGCGGCUACGGUGCCGGCAGCUCUGGCCUCGACUGCUACCACAAGCAGCAGCAAUCCUCCUCCCACACCUCCGGCAACUUCAUCCAGGAGCAUCGCUCCUCAUCCCAGAGCAAUGACACCCAGCAGCAGCACCGUUACUCCAGGUACUCCGACGCCGGCCAGUCGUCCGGGAGCCUCGACUAUCGCUCCUACCAGCAGCAGCUGUCAGCUGCUGCCGAGCGCUCUCAUCACCAGUCCCAGUCCCUGCACCACCAGCACAAGCAGAGCAACGCGAGCAGCGGCAACAGCAACAGCGAGUACGCAAACUCGAGCGUGCUCGUCGCUGCCGCAGCCGGCGCUAAUCCUUUCUCUCCGGAGACUUUCCCGUCGCCUCCUUCUCCGGCGCCGGCCUGCGACCGCUUCGUGCCCCCUCCGCCGCUCUCGCCAAGCGCCAGCGACAAGUACGCCUCCUCGCAGUCUCUGGCUGGCUACCCUGCUGUUGAUCGUCUUCUUUCCGCCGGUUCUUCGAGCGCCCGCGAGCUCUUCGCCGGAGCCGGCCCGGCCUCGCCCAUGUCCUCCGUCAAGGAGCAGCAGCGCUUCGCCUCGGCCGAGCGACUGCUGGCAGGGGGCGCUGCCUCGGGAGCCGUCGGCGCCACCACUUCCGCGCCAUCUGCCGACUCUAAAGAGCAGCAACGCUACGGAGCAGCGGCCUCUACCGAGCGAGUUCUGGCCUCGGCCUCCCCGGUCCUGGGAGUUCUGUCCGCGGGCUCGUCCACCUCCUCCGUCGCCAGGUACGGCGUCUCCUCGAGCGAGCGGCUGCUCACCUCGUCGCCGAUACACGCGCCCGUGCCCGAGCGCUUCGCCGGCAAGUCCAGCAGCGGCGAGCGCAGCGCCACCUACCUCAAGGACUCGCCGCUACACGAGCGCUACCACCAGGGGGCGUCGCAGUCGCAGCAGCAGCACGACAGGUUCGCGAGCAUCGCCUGCAACACGGAGAGGUACCUCUCGAGCUCGCCGAAUCCGGAGGGCGCGCACCAGCGCUACUCGUCCAGCGAGAGGAUACUCGGGGGCUCGUCGUCGGCGAGCGCUAGCCAAGAGCAGCAGCAGCAGGCGCGCAGGUACUCGACGGACCGGGCCCUCGAAGCCGCGUGCCAGAAGUACGCAGACAGCCGAGCGUCGCCGGCACCCUCGGAAUUCGCCUCCAGGUUUCAAGGAUACCAAGAAUCCGCUAGCUCCUCCGGGCAUCGAUACGCUGGAGGCAGCAGCACUGAUAGAUUCAACGACCUGGCGAUGCAGAGAUACGCUCAGAGUAGGCCCACCGAUAGGUUCGGCAACGAGCGAUACCUGUCCGGCACCAGCGCUGCUCACGACGCCCGACAAUCCGCUGCUGAGAUAGCCAGGUACACGUCCAGCUCGUCAACGGAGCGUCUGCUGUCCUCGUCGUCCUCGCCGUCGUUGACUGAGACGACGAGUGGUCGAGGCGCUGCGCAUCAUCAAACAUUCAACAGCAGCGCUGGCGGUGGUAGCAGCAGCAUCGGCACACAAUCGGCGAGUCUAGGCGAGCAGCAGUCGUCGCGCUACGCCUCGCCCGACGGCGCGAAUCCGUCCGGCCACGUCGCCAGCUGCUACUCCCAGCAAUCGCAGUCGUCCCAGCAGCCGCAGCAGUCCCAGCAAUCAUCCGGCAAACAGUCCAGCGGUUCCGACAAGUACCACCACCAUCAUCACACGCUAUCAAAGACCAUACAGAGCUACGCCGCGGAUAGGGACAACGGCUACGAGCACCUGUCGGCCGCCCAGAGCAGCGACCGCUACACCAUGGACAGGUUCGGAUUGGUCGGCGAUGCGAGAUUCUCCACAACCGGUUCCGACCGGUACCACUGUACCACCACCGGCAGGUACUCGCCAGCCCGUGGAAAUGCUGACAAGUACCUGUCGCUGCCCAAGCCCAAGGACAGGUACAGUGCGUCUGGGCGCAUCGGCAACUCCUGCGCGUCCAUAUCGUCGGGGGCCUCCGAAAGGAGCUACGUAUCGUCAGGUGGGACCUACGUCCCACCCGCAGCCCACACGCCAGUAGAAAGAUACGUACCUCAACCACCACCGGAAGUGCUCUACCCGGACCGCUACGUGGACAGAUACGUGUCGCCGAGUGCGCCCACGGGCGACCGCUACGUCCUGAGCAGUGACCCCGGCGACUCGUACAUGCGUCGGGAUCUCGGAUUCCACCAUCAUUAUCGGCUACCACCUCCCUCCAGUGGCUACGCUUAUACCAACUCGCAACAGCAACAGUCCCAGCAGUCUCAGCAGCAGCAGCAGCAACAACAGCAGCAACAGCAGCAGAGUCACCACUUCAGGUUUCGGGGCUUCGCGUACCAGUCGCCGGGUCGUCUAGGUGGUAGCCCCGGCUCCAGUAGCUCCAGCAGCUCGACCUCCGCGGCUGUCCAGCAGCGCGACUCUGCUCAGCAGCAACAACAGCAGCAACAGCAGCAACAGUUCUCCACGUCGCCGUUGCUCAGGUCGAAAGUGCGCGGUGAUUAUGUCGCGGCCAACACGCCGCGUCACGUAGUAACCAGCAGCACUCAGCAGCAGCAGCAGCAGCAGCAGCAGCAGCAACAACAACAACAACAGCAGCAGCAGUGCUGCGUCGAGGUGGCCGGACCCAACCCGGCAGCUCAGAGAACCGCCUGCUGUCAGCCUGUCAGGAGAUCCAUGCCUCCAGGAGCACUACCCACCAUCCCCCAGCAGAGCGGACACUCGUCUUGGCAACCAUCACCGAACUCAGCAACGACCAACACCUCUACGGUCUCGACCAGCUGCACCGACAAUGACGCCACACCGAGCCUCUACAACCAGCAGCAGCAGCAGCAGCAACAGCAACAGCAACAGCAGCAGCAACAGCAACAGCAACAAUCGGACUCGUCGACACCGACGCCAACGACCAGCAGCACCGCUACCACCAAUGCCAGUGCCAGCGGAGCCAUGGGCGGUUCGACCGUCAACAUCCAACGCAGCGUGUCGGCACCAGCUGGUCCCAGGCCCAGUUGCAGCAGCAGCGCUACCAACAGCGCAGCCAGUGUCGGUGCGCAGAGGCCCAGGCUACGCAGAAACCAGAGCCGCACCGAGGCUAUCAAAAACUACAUCAAGCGCGAGACCGCUACGUUCUUCGGAGUCGACGAGGAAUCCGAGAGCGCGGAGAAGCAGAAGUGGCUCGAUCGUCGCAGGCGAAUGGCCUCCAGAAAGUACGGAGCUCUGCUACCCGAGUACAGGCCACCCGACCCGGACAUCACCAAGGACGUACCGGAUUCCAUGGAGGUGUCGGAUCCCGUCACGCUGAGGAAAUGGCAGAGGCCUGUCAGGAGGAAAGACUCCGUUGCCAGGAUGACCCUAUCUGGAAUACAGUACAUGGUGGACACCCUGAGACGCCCGAGGCCAUCGGAGCGGACAACAGGAUUGGACGAGUCGCGAAGCUUUCCGCCCAGCGCCGUGCACACGGAAGAGCUGCAGUCGGACGAGGGCGCGACGACGGACGCGGGUCUCGACGACGAGGAGGAAGCCUUCUUCCAGGCGCCACCGCCCCAGGUGCCCUCUGUCAUCGGCCAGGACAACAGCCAGGCGCAGCAGAUUGGCGACGAAGCAGCCACAGCUUCGGGACUCGCCGAGGAAGCCACUCUCACGGAGGGCCUCAGGGGUGUCUCCGUCGUCGACUCGUCCGAUGGACACACCAAGAUCCGGAGUUCCUCGGUCAUACAAAACUCGGACAAAGCGCAACCCGACGACAGAACGAUUGUCGAUGGACAAACGAGACGAACUCGUGGCAUCUCCACGAGGGACUACUACACGCCACGAUCGGCUGCGUAUCCUCACCACAGAUCGAGACAAGAGCCACAGGAGAUCGUGCAUCCGAUGUCGACUGGCAUGGCUCAGGCGAUCCAGGGCGGCCCCGAGGGACUCGGUGGCGGCGCCGCUGGUGCCAGGAUCAAGUCCAUGUUCGGCGGCAAGAGGAUAUCGCCGAGCACCAUCGAUCGGGUCUUCGACAACAGCAAUCGCCGGCUGUACGGCAUGGGCAUUGUUGGACGCUUCUUCGGAAGGUCGUUUCGCAAAAGUGUCGCGCAAAAGCCAGACGUACGGAGACAGCUGGACGACUUCGAGGACCACCGGCCGUACUUCACCUACUGGAUCACGACUGUCCAAGUUCUCAUCCUCAUCAUCUCGCUCGCCUGCUACGGCUUCGGGCCCGUUGGACUCGACCUGCACCACCGAUCCAGUUUGGUGCUUGUGACGAGUCUCUCGCUGCAGCAGGUUGAAUACCAGGAGCCGGCAAACUUUUGGUUGGGUCCACGAGCCUCGGAUUUAAUACAUCUCGGAGCGAAAUUUGCGCCGUGUAUGCGAAGGGAUAUCAAAAUAUUGAAGGAGAUCGACGUGUGGCGGGAAAAGGAGCGCGAUACCGCCUGCUGCAUCAGAAACGACGACUCCGGCUGUGUACAGUCCAGCAGAGCCGAAUGCUCAGUCCGGGGGAUGAGUUCAACGCCUACGAAUACUAUAUCCACGUGGAAGAAGUGGGGUCCAGCUGACAACGGCCCGGGCGGCCGUAUCAGCGGCUCUGUAUGUGGUCUGGACCCCAAGUUCUGUGACGCUCCGGCGAGUAUAGCGCCGUACGAGUGGCCCGACGACAUUACCAAGUGGCCCAUCUGCCGUAAGAUCAACCCGUUUAGUCAACGUUUCCGCAGCAAGGAGCCCAGUGCUCACGGCAAUGGCAACUUUCCCAUUGGCCGUUACAAGGAUAAGAUGGCCGAGCACAUGGUCUGCGAGGUUAUAGGUCACCCUUGCUGUAUCGGCAUACACGGCACCUGUCGCAUCACCACCAAAGAGUACUGUGAUUUCGUUCACGGCUACUUUCACGAAGAGGCUUCGCUCUGCUCGCAGGUGGAGUGUCUGCACGACGUCUGCGGAAUGAUUCCAUUCCUGCACCCCGAUUGGCCGGAUCAGUUUUACAGACUGUUUACCACAACCUUCCUUCAUGCUGGAAUACUCCACAUCGCCAUCACACUGUUCGUCCAGUACUUCUUGAUGAGGGAUCUGGAGAAACUGACCGGCUCGCUUCGUAUCGCGCUUAUCUACUUCACCGGGGCUUUGGCUGGAAAUCUCGCCAGCGCCAUAUUCGUACCUUACAGGGCAGAGGUCGGUCCAGCUGGCGCACAUUUUGCUCUGCUAGCAACCCUAGUAGUAGAAGUCCUGCACUGCUGGCCGAUGCUCAAGUAUCCUCGUCGUGCCCUGACGAAGCUCAUUCUGAUCCUGGUGGGUCUGCUACUCUUGGGCGUGCUCCCUUGGGUCGACAACUACGCUCAUCUGUUCGGCUUCAUCUUCGGCUUCCUCGCUGCGUACGCGUUCAUGCCGUUCAUCUCUUUCGGUCACUACGAUCGCCGACGCAAGAUCUUCGUCAUCUGGGUCUGCCUGAUUCUCAUCGUCGGGCUGUUCGGCCUGCUGCUCGGGCUCUUCUACAACGUGCCCAUGUACGAGUGCGAGCUCUGCAAGCUCUUCAAUUGCGUGCCGUUCACGCGCGAUUUCUGCGCCUCGCAGAACAUCAACUUCAAGAGGGAGGAGCCGGUAUGACACACGGGGCCGCGGCCACCGGUCGAGCGCGCUGUGCAGCCGUUCGGCCCCGGAUUCAUUCACGCUCGUCUUCGCCGCGCCGUCGCCGUCGUCGUCGCGACUGUCGAAGCCAAGCGGAGCUCUUUGUCACUCGGCGCUGUCGGAUUGGACGGGCGAACAGCCUCGAGGUUCCUUCUUACUUGAGUUCGUUCGAACUUUUCGUUGUUGACACAAGCAUUCGAUUGGUUAGAGGUAGAUUAAUAAAACGUGUGACGCGAGGGACGAAGAGCUGUGCCGAGGAGCUUCGACCUUUGAUUACUGCGAGGACAAUUUUUGCAACGACUUGAGGUAUUAGUCGAAAUAUAACUGUCCGACUAGAAAGUCUCUGCUUUGACUUUUCUUCGCUACUGCCAAUUCAAAUCAAGUUCAACCAAAGGGAUUAAAGAAAAAGUAAAUAUAUAAACGUACGGGAGAACAAAAUCGAGGUAAAACGGAUAACAUUUCAGUCAGCGCUCGACAGAAAAACAAUGCCUUAACAAAAAAAAAAUAAAUAAAAUAAAAAAUAAAAAAAUCUUAUUGAUCCAAUCAGACGAGGAAAAAAGAGGAUGGGGGAGUGAUUCAGGAAUUAACUCUUAAUGCCCGAAAGGAUGUAAAUAUUUCUUAGGUACUUAAACUACUUUACUUACGGAAAAGUCGUUUUUCGUUCUGGGGUCGAUGAUAUCUACCCCAGCCCUGGCGAAGUAUUGUACGCUGAGGUUCGCAGAGUCCUUCGAUUAUAACAGUCGGCUGAAGGAUCUCGAGACAAAGAUGCGAUGAUGAAAAGUUAAAAGAGACAAAAUGACGGUAAUGACAUGGCGCGAGCAAACUUGUAAAUAUGCGCUGGAAGGAGGACGAGAAAAAAAGAUAGAGAACAAAAAAAAACCUGUGGAUUCUUGUUACAUACCUUAUAUAUAUAAGAAUGACUUUUAAUAAGAUUGUAGUAUUACGAAAUGAAUUCGACCGAAUAUAUAACUUGUAAACCAGGAAAGAAAGAGACGAUACGCGAGUCGUGCAUGAAUGAAGGCUAUGUAGAAGUAAAGAAAAGUAAAAAAACAGAUUAGUGGAUGAAAAUACAAAAAAAGACUUGUCUGCAACGAGGAAAGGCUUCGCAGAGAGUCUAAGACUUUGGUGGUACGAGGUGAUCUCGAUUGUGCAUUUUUUUACAAACUCGUGUGCAGAAUGCGAGAGUGUGCGAGUGCGUGAGCGACAAGGCAGAACGAAUGCGUGAAUGGAUGGAAGCGCGAGAAUACAUUGUACGAUUAUAUCAGAACUCUUAAUCAAUUUUUUCUGCGACUGUAUAUACGAAUAACGAUAAAAAAUUUAAGAUUAAGUACGAAGGAGUAAGAGGAAAGAGUGGAUGAAGGAGAAGUGGUAUUAGCGAUUCGUAGGUUAUCACGCACAGACAUAACACAAAACACACACAAGUACACGCGGCAUGUCAUUUAAGAAUUUCCAUUAAUGAAACCAAAAAAAAAAAAGAAAAAUAA